AUACUUACGUAAAGUUCAAGUAUAUUUCCCCAAUGUAUACUUUAUGUAGUAGGAAUACUAAUAUCAAUGUGCUAGUAGUAUACUUUUAGGUGUACUCCAUGAAUACUUCUUGGGAUUAAAUCGACCACCUUUUAGUUUAUAAAAGUAUACUUCUUCAAUUAAAAAAAAGUACAAACUGUGGUCAUUUUAAGAAGUAAAGCAGAGAGAGAGAGGUCACACCUGAAAGAUUAAAGUAUUAUAAACCCGAGGCUGAAAACGUGGCCUUCAGGUCACCAGACUGUUGAGAAAUGACGUGUGCUGCGUUUCUGCCAAUCAGCAUUAAUGAAAUCCUCUGUGAGUGAGUGAGCGAGUGUACAGGCUGAUUUCUUUCACUGUGUUUGACCAAGCAGCUAUAGUUUUCUCUUACUUCCUGCGUCAUGGCGAGCUGGUGGACAGCGGCAGACGUGCUGGACAGUCUGGACCUGGAGGAGAACUCCAUAGUGGCUCGGGUUAUUCAGGCGGUCGGCCUGUUUGGAGAUAUUCUGUCACUGGAGGACACAAUGUCCUCUGAAGUCCAAAGAGAGGACAACACCGAAGGGACUGCAGGUGACAAAAAGGUAGACGAUGAAGAAAUGCCAAGAGGUGAAGUGACGAUGGAGGAAGAGGACGGAGAGGAGGUGGGAAAGGAAGGAGGAGAGCAACAGGUCCAAGACUGGAAAGAGGAAGAGGAGGAAGAGAAUGGCAAUGUUGAAAUAGGGAAAGAAAAGCUGAUAGAUGUGACAGAAGACGGGACAAAAGAAGAGAAAAUUGAAGAAGAAGAGGGGAAAGGAAAAAACGAAGCUGAAGGAGAAGAAAAAGAAGACGAAAAGGCAGAAAUGAUGGCGAAAGGAAAGGAGGUGGAGGACGAGAAAGGGGGGGAACAGGUAGAGAAGCAAAAUGAAAAUGAGGUAGAAGAAGAGCAAGGAGAGGCACGGAUAGAAGAAGAAAAGGAUGAAGCAGAGACUCAAAGAGAGCAAGAGGAAGAAGAAAGGGACAAGGAGGCGGACGAAGAGGAUGAGGAGGAGGAGGUGGUUACAAACAAACUUCAGACAGUCAAGGUAGAAGAGGAAGAGAUAGAAAGACAGGAUGAAGAAGAGGUGGAGAACAAUAAGGUAACUCAGGAGGACGAGGUAGGAGAAGAAAGAAGGGAGGAAGAAGAGGUAGAUAAAGAAAGAACAGAACAAGACAGGGAGACAGAGGAAGAAGAGGAAGAUGAGGUAGAAGAAGAAAAGCAGGUAGUGGUGGAGUAUGAGGGGGGAGCAAAAGAUGGAGCGAUAGAGUUAAAGACUCAAGAAGAAGAAGAGGAGGAGGUUAUGAGGGAUGGAAAGGCAGAAAAAGAGAAGAAGAGCCAUGAUGAAGAUGAGGUUGAAGAGAUGGAGGAAAAAGAAGAAAGAAAGGAGGAAAGAGAGGAUGACCAAGCAGAGAAAGAAAAGGAGGAAGAAUAUGUAGACGAAAGAAAAGAACAAGAGCAAAAGGUUGAUGGAGAAGAAGAAGAGAUGGAUGAUACAGGGGAAAAGGAUGAAGAGAAAGAAGAAGAAGAGAUGGAGGAUACAGGAGAAAAGGAGGAAGAAGAAGAAGAAGAGAUGGAGGAUAUAGGAGAAAAGGAGGUGAAGAAAGAAGAAAAACAGGUUGAUGGAGAAGAAGGGGAGAUGGAAGAUACAGGAGAAAAUGAGGAAGAGAAAGAAAAAGAAGAAUUAGAAGAAGAAGAAGAAGGAAAGGUUGAUGGAGAAGAAGAAGAAGAAGAAGAAGAGAUAGAGGAUAUAGGAGAAAAGGAGGUGAAGAAACAACAAAAGGUUGAUGGAGAAGAAGAGAUAGAGGAUACAGGAAAAAAUGAGGAAGAGAAAGAAGAAGAAGAAGAAGAAGGAAAGGUUGAUGGAGAAGAAGAAGAAGAAGAAGAGAUGGAGGAUACAGGAGAAAAGGAGGUGAAGAAACAACAAAAGAUUGAUGGAGAAGAAGAGAUAGAGGAUACAGGAAAAAAUGAGGAAGAGAAAGAAGAAGAA